AUGGCUGACGGCCUGUCAGGGGUGCUGGUCAACAGGGUGCAGCCCACCAGCCCCACCGCCCGCGUCAUGAAGAAGGGGGACGUCCUCCUGGCAUUCGACGGCGUCAAGAUAGCAAAUGACGGCACUGUGCACUUCCGCUCCCGCGAGCGCAUCUUUUUCACCGCCCUCAUCACGCAGAAGCCCACUGGCUCCACCGCGCGCCUGAGUGUGCUGCGUGACGGGCAGCUGGACGAAUUUGACGUCCCCCUGCAGCCCCUGCAGACACUCGUGCCCAUAUGCAAGUACGACGAGGUGCCGUCAUUCCUGAUGUACGCGGGGCUGGUGUUUGUGCCCCUCAGCCAGCCCUACCUCCACGAGUUUGGGGAGGACUGGAUUGCCAACAGCCCGCGACGACUGGUGGAGAAGGCCCUCAACGGCCUGAUGCAGCGCCCCGAGCAGCAGAUUGUCAUCCUGAGCCAGGUGCUGGUGGACGACGUCAACACGGGCUUCCAGGGCUUCCAGAACCUGCAGGUGCUGCGCGUCAACGGGGAGGAGGUGCUCAACCUGAGACACCUGCGCGCCCUGCUGGCGGGCUGCGACGCGCCCUACGUGCGGCUCGACCUGGAGGACGACCGCAUCAUCGUGCUGGACAGGGCCGCCGCCGACGCCUCCACGCUGCGCAUCCAGCAGCGCUACAGGGUGCCCUUCCUGGAGAGCGCGGACCUGGGGCCAGGCACGGGGACAGAGGGGCACGCCAGCGCGGCAGCAAGCGCGGCAGCAGAGGGCGCGCGCGUGUCGGAGGUGGAGGGCAGCGGGCCGGAGGUGGAGGAGAGCGAGGAGGAGGAGGGCGAGGAGGAGGCGGAGGAAGAGGCGGGGGCGGAGCGGCGGAAGCCGGCGCCUGUCGAGCCGGCGCCCGUCGUGGCCGCAGCGCCGGCGGGUGACCCGGGCGUGACGCGCAAGCGGCGGCGCAAACAGAGCUUGGAGGGCGGCGGGCAGCAGGCGCAGCAGCAGCAGCAGGCGCAGCAGCUGGGCGGUGGUGAUGGCGUUGGCGGCGGCCCUGAGUGA